AAUGUUCAAAGAUUUUAGUACAGCCAGUGCGUCGCAAUUGCUCGGAGUUCGCUUUUCAGAAAUUAAAGCUUUAAAAGCUACCUUUAACUUAACUUUUACGUGAAGCUUAACUAAACAACACGAAUCCUUUCAGUCUUUUUUAAGAUUCUACCAAGCAUAGAGUAAUGUGGUUUAAUUUUCUACAAAAAAAUUGAACAAAUCAAUUUUAUAUAAUUUGCAAAAAGUUGUUCACAAAUGCAAAUAUGCGCAUAUAGUGACAUUAUGUCGGAUUUGAAUAUAAAUAAUGCAGGCACUACCAACGUCUUAGAUCCUGGAAAAGUUUUGGAAACUGCUGAGAAAUUAUUACGAAAGAGGCAUGAACAUUCAUUCGAUGGGGAAAGUGCCGUCAGUUAUUCAUGGGAUCAUGACGACAACGAUGUUAUUACAGGCUGUGAGCACGAAAACUCUGAAACCACCAAUAAAAGAUUAACUUUAUCGUUGGACAAUCAAUUAGAAAAAAUGCACAUUGACACUUCAGAUUUAACUUGCACUUUUUCCACAAGGAUUACCGAAAUUCCUGAAAGUUCUGGAGUUACGCAGCUAAAUAUGCAGGAUUUUGAAGCUCAGCGCUGUCAAAAAAUUAACGCCGAUAAAACUGAUGGUAACAGUGUUGAUUGUGAUACUUCUAAAAAUUAUGUUUUGCAUGAAAGUGUUGCUUCUCAGUUAGUAACAAUUCAACACGGAAAGCCUUUAUUUCCCCCCAAUUCGGUUAGUCCAACUUCCGGAAAUGAGUUGUCACAUAUACUUCCUAGUGGGACACAAAGCACGAUUGCUAGUCCGUCUAAAUCAAAUGAAACGUGCUGCUCGAAACAAAAUCUUCCAUUCCUUUUGAAAUCGCAAUCACUUGACUUAUACAAUGAGGGCUGUGCAAUAUUUAAUAUUGAUGAACACCAUAACCAUCAUCUUCCUAAUAUCACAGAGCAUCGGUCUAUCGAGAGCCAGUUUCAACUGAUAGCGCCAAACACCGACUCAUUGAAACAUUGUCAAGGUGAGAUCAUUGACAAGUAUGCUGGAGAAUUACGUCAACGUCCAGCACAGCGACCAAAUAUUGCAUCAACAUUAUUUCAAUCUGCAGAAUCCCGACCAAUUUAUCCAAACGUUCCAUACAGUCCAUAUGGCAGUCCGUACGGUAGUCCUCGGUCAGUUCGACGCAGGCCUCCUUUACGUGAAUCACGUAGAAUAUCCAUUGAGAAAUCAGGAAGUUUUCUUCAGCUUAAUCAAUAUAAACUUAUGGAUCAAAUAGGCCAGGGUUCAUAUGGACUUGUAAAGUUGGCUUAUUCUGAAGAAGAUUCGACACAUUAUGCUAUGAAGAUUCUCUCUAAAAAGCGCCUACUACGACAGGCUGCUUUCAUGCGUCGUAACCCAAAACAGACAACAUCUCCGCUGGAUCGGGUUUAUAGAGAAAUAGCAGUUUUAAAAAAACUGGACCACCCUAACGUUGUAAAAUUAGUGGAAGUUCUAGACGAUCCAAUGGAAGAUUCCUUAUAUAUGGUUUUUGAGUUAGUUAAAAAAGGAGAAGUCCUUUCAAUACCUACUGAAAAGCCAUUAUCAGAGAAGCGGGCGUGGAGUGUGUUUCGAGACUGUUUACUAGGAUUAGAAUAUUUGCAUUAUCAAAAAAUUAUUCAUGCGGACCUAAAACCCGGAAAUUUACUACUGACAGAAUGUGGGCAUGUCAAAAUUGCAGAUUUAGGAGUAUGUAAUGAGUUUCUUGGAGAGGAUUCUAUAAUGAGUAAUGGCUCAACAGGCGGUACACCAGCUUUUCGUGCACCCGAAACUCUCGCUUUGGGCAAGAAUGUGUACUGUGGUCGUGCAGCGGAUAUUUGGGCUUUGGGAGCAACGUUAUAUUCUUUGAUUUUUGGAAAUGUUCCAUUUAUAGCAAACUCCAUACCCAUGUUAUAUGAAAAAAUAAGAAACGAGGAUGUUGUUUUUCCAGGAACACCAGAAAUAAGCAGUGAUUUGAGAAACUGCAUUCUUCUAAUGCUUAAAAAAGAUCCAGCAAAAAGAAUAACUCUGCCUCAGCUGAAGAUAAGCUCAUGGGUCACCAGUAAUGGGUUGUAUUGCUUACCAACUGAAGAAGAGAACUGUUGUUUGGUACAAGUAGACGACGAAGAUAUAAAUUCUGUUGUUCGCAGUAUUCCAAAGCUGGAUACUCUUAUAUUAAUCAAAACAAUGCUUAAAAAUCAUUCCUUUGUAAAUCCCUUCAUGAGGGGUAUUUCCGGUAGAGCUCCUCAACCGGGCGGUUCCAGAUUCGAAAAAUUUAUUCAAGCUGGUAGAUCAAACUCAGCACCGGGCUCAUAUUUUGUGGCAUUGGACAGAGACCCAUCAAUGGACAGUGUACUUCCGGCGUUAACUGAACAUUGUCCUAUCCAAAAAAAUGAUGAAUUUUAAGUAAUUAAUAAAGUUAUCUUAGAAAGAACAGGGACCGAAAAUAGCCAUUUAUUAUAUACAUUAUUGAACAUUUGUUAAGAAUACCUAAGAUGCAUAAAACUAAUAGUUUUUAUUCCGUCUAUAUACGAUAAGUCGGGAUUUCGCGAAAUUCCAUCCAAAGGGUUACAUUCAACUUUUUUGCUUACUAUCUAGGUUCAGAGUAUCUCCUAGUUGGAAUCUUAAACUAUAGGACCUUUACUAUUAUUAGUGUUUAUAACAAUGUUCUGAUUGUAUAAUUUAAAGAAUCUGGGUUGUAGCAAUUGUGACGUAGUGCAACUUAACAAUCAGUGAUAAUUGAUAUUUUAGUUUUAACCGUAAGUCCGAAUAAUAUACAUUCUUUAGCAGUAUCAACAGUCGAGUCCAUAUAGCCAUGACCGUUUUUGCGCCUGCCUGUUUCUAAAAACUCAUUUUUUUUCAAAUUAUCGUCAUGAAACAUUGGAAAGGUCUGUCGUUCUGUUGCAGGUAGUACAUUGUCGGAACCGGCUGGAUCGAAGUAUACAAUUUAGCUCUUUAAGAGUGGGCUAGAAAAAAUGUUACGUUUUUUUUCCAAAAUACCUACACAACGUUUUGUAAUUAUGAGCUUUUUAUGUUUUCUCCCAUAUUUGGAAAAAUAAACCAUAAUUCUAGAAGGGCAUUAAUUAAAUCCUAUUUUAAGUAUUUGAUCGGAUGUCACUCAUUUUGCAUUUUGAAGCCUUCGAGCCUUUUUUAUGAUUUUCUUUGUAUCAGAAAUAGACAUAGGUAGUAAGUAUAUCAAUAGUUACUCCACCAUUCUAUCGGACUUAUAAUAUUUUGCAAAUAUUUGUGAAAUUUAAUUUAAGGUGUUGAAAAACUUUCAGGUGUAAGCUCAUUCGCUAAGAUAUUAGUGAAAAUUUAUUUGAAGCGUGUUUCGCAAUCUUUAGAAAAUUUAGCCCCCCCUGGGUGAUAACUACGAGUCAAAGGUUGUAUGUGCAAAGUUUCAAGUUUUGACCAAUCGGCUUCAAAGAGCUAUAUAAGACCAUAUUUUUUGUAUUUAUUAUAUUUUAUGUAUACUGGUAUUGUGAAAAUUGGCGAAAAAAUACACAAUAUGCAACUGUUUUUUUUUUAUUA